AGCAGCCGAGCCCCUUCCCGCAGGGCUGGGAGGGACAGGGAGUGGGGACAGGGAGAACUGGCCUGGGGAGGUGCCGAGGAGCUGCAGGUCCUGGGCUCUCCUGGAGCACUGGUUCCUCAUGGAAGCAGGGCUGGUCCCAGGGCACUGAGGUGCAGAAGGACUGAGCUGGCAUCGCUUCCCCCCAUGGCAUCGCUGCGCUCCCACAGGAGAAGGGAUGGGGUCUCAUGGGAGAUGCUGCAAGAAGCAAACGGCCCUUGGGCAGGCAGAGGAUGGGGCUCUGCGGCGUCGCCCUGCAGCAGAGAAACCCAUCAGGAGCUGGGGUGUGAGUCAGGCACCGGCUCCGUGCUGGCUUCCCCAGGGUGUCUGGGGUAGGGAGGAAACAGGAUGAACUGGCUGGGACCUGUGAUCUCCUCUCAGCCCCAUGCAAGCUCCAGGCUCCAUCCCCACCUCAACGAGACGCCUUGACGCCCACAGAUGGCAAAGGGAUUAAGAGCCUGCUCUGCAAGAGAGGGACGUAUCCUGGAUGCUGCAGCCGAGCCCUGCUCGUGGGCUCUGCGCUCGGAGAGAUGAACCCCAGACUGCUCUACGUGCUGCUGGCGGGGGCCGCCGUGGUGAUCUUGGCUCUGUCCUGCGUGCUGCUGAGCAGGGGCAGGCGGUCCCCUGGCUGUGAAUCCCAGCCCCGCACUGAGGAGGAGACGGGAUCAAGGAGCCAGAGCCUGGUCUUUGCGGACCUGACCCCCGCCGAGCUGGCCCAGGUGGUGCGGUACCUGCGGGGACACCUCGGGCUGCGGCUGGUGGACGCCGCGCGGGCAAAGCCCUCCGACAACUGCAUCGCCUCCGUGGAGCUGCAGGUGCCGGCCAAGGCAGAGGCGCUGCGGUUCCUGGACGGGGCGGGGGCUCGUCCCCCCCGCGAGGCGCUGGCUGUGCUGUACUUUGGGGAGCAGGCAGAGCCCAACGUCACCGAGUACGUGGUGGGGCCGCUGCCGACGCCGCUGUAUCACCGGGACGUGACGGUGCGCCGGUACGGGGGGAAGGUGCCGUACCACCGCAGACCGAUGCUGGGCAGUGAGUAUGAGCAAGUGGGAGCUUUCCUGAAGACGGUGGCAUUCGCUGCAGCCCCGACCUUUCUGAAGGAGGUCCUGGAAUACGACAGCACCAAUGUGGUGUUUGAGAGCGCAGCCCCUCACGGGUUCCAGUCUGGAGACCGCAAGUCCUGGUUCGCCUUGUUUCAGAACGUGAGCGGGUUCUUCGUGCACCCGGUGGGGCUGGAGGUGCUGGUUGACCACAGCAGCCUGGACGUGUCCCGCUGGGCGGUGAGCAGGGUCUUCUACAACGGGCAGUACUACGGGGACAUGGUGCAGCUGGAGAGCGCCUACGUGCAGGGUCGCAUCAGCGUGGAGAAGGUGAGGAGAGCGCCGCGGGACGGGGACUUCUCGUCCAUGAAGCCACGGGCGCCUCGGGCCGCGCCGUUCCCUUUGCAGUACGAGCCGCAGGGUCCCCGCUACAGCGUCAGGAACAACCACGUCCUCUACCAGGCGUGGAGCUUCGCCUUUGGCAUGAGCGUGAGCACGGGCCUGCGCCUGUUUGACAUCCGACACAAGGGGGAGAGGGUUGCCUACGAAAUCAGCGUCCAGGAGGCCAUGUCCGUGUACGGCUCCAACUGCCCCGCAGGGAUGUCCACGAGGUACAUGGACGGCAGCUUCGGCAUCGGGCGCUACACCUCCCCCUUGGUGCGAGGGGUCGACUGCCCCUACUCGGCCACCUACAUCGACACGCACUCCCUGUCCGAGAGCCUGAGCCCCAGCAAGAGAAAGGAUUCUCUCUGCAUCUUUGAGCAGAACCUGGGCUCCCCGCUGAGGCGGCACUACUCCAACCUGCAGUCGCUGUACUACGGGGGGCUGGUCAACUCCGCCCUGGUCCUUCGGUCCAUUGCCACCGUGGGCAACCAUGACUACGUGUGGGACUUCAUCUUCUACCAGAACGGGGCCGUUGAAGGCAAGGUCCACGCUACAGGGUACACGAGCUCAUCCUUCCUCCAUGGGGAUGGCCUGCGGUACGGCAAUAGGGUUUGGGACCGCACGCUGGGUACGAUACGCACCCAUUUCAUCAACUAUAAAGUGGACUUGGACGUGGGAGGGGUGAAGAACUCCCUGGUGGCCCACGACAUGGCCUUCGAGAUGGUGCGGGCUCCCUGGAACCCAGAGCAGCAGAUAGAGCGGCCACGGCUCACCAAGAAAGUCCUGGACACAGAGGACCAGGCUGCCUUCCGGCUCCAGGCAAAGCUGCCCAGAUACAUCUACUUCGCAGCCAACAGCAAAAACAAGUGGGGCCACCAGCGCGGCUACAGGAUCCAGGUCACCAGUUCUGCAGGGGACCAUGUCCCCGAAGCCAGCUCCAUGGAGAGGGCCAUCAGCUGGGCAAGGUACCAGUUGGCCGUCACCCGUCGGAAGGAGGAGGAGCCCACCAGCACCAGCAUCUACAACCAGAACGACCCCUGGACGCCCACCGUUGCCUUCGCUGACUUCAUCAACAACGAGACCAUCACCAACGAGGACCUGGUUGCCUGGAUAACCGCUGGUUUCCUUCACAUCCCGCACUCGGAGGAUAUUCCCAACACUGUGACAGUAGGGAACUCGGUGGGCUUUCUCCUGAGACCCUACAACUACUAUGACCUGGACCCCUCCAUAUACUCGCACGACGGGGUGUUCUUCACCAGUGAGCAGGAUUUCACGGCCUGUGAAGUCAACCCCGUUGCGUGCCUGCCCCAAACCGCCUCUUGUUUGCCCAACUUCCCCCCCUUCACCUAUGAUGGCUUCCAAAACACAAGCAGGCUUUAAUGCCAGAGGACGGCGCUGGGAGGCGCAGAGGCCCCA